CACAGAGGAUGUGACGUCAGGCGGAAGUGCCGCUUGUGUAGCGGAGACAAACAUCAGACCCGUCCGGCUGGUUCUGGUCCAUCUGAAGGGACUGCGGAGGUCAGGGAGCCGGAGCCGGAGCCGGAGCCGGUCUGCAUGGCGGUCACAGUUUCCGCGGGAGGGCCGGCCCUCGUUAUGGAGAACGGACAGAGCACCACCACCAAGCUGGGCCUGCCGCCGCUGACCCCCAACCAGCAGGAGGCCCUGCAGAAGGCGAAGAAAUACGCCAUGGAGCAGAGCAUCAGGAGUGUUCUGGUCAAACAGACUCUGGCUCAGCAGCAGCAGAUCAACAGCCUGCAGAUGGCGUCCCUGUCGAUGGGUCUGGGCGACGCUCUGACGCCUCUCCAGUCAGUAGCAGCUCAGCGUCAGAGAGCUCUGGCCAUCAUGUGUCGGGUUUACGUCGGUUCUAUCUACUACGAGCUGGGAGAGGACACCAUCAGACAGGCCUUCGCUCCGUUUGGACCAAUCAAAAGCAUCGACAUGUCCUGGGACUCUGUCACCAUGAAACACAAGGGUUUCGCCUUCGUAGAGUACGAGAUGCCCGAGGCGGCUCAGCUGGCUCUGGAACAGAUGAACUCUGUCGUCCUCGGGGGCAGAAACAUCAAGGUCGGAAGGCCCAGUAACAUCGGCCAAGCUCAGCCAAUCAUCGACCAGCUGGCGGAGGAAGCGCGUGCCUUCAACAGGAUCUACGUGGCGUCAGUCCACCCCGACCUCUCCGAUGACGACAUCAAGAGCGUGUUUGAGGCCUUCGGAAGGAUCAAGUCCUGCAUGUUGGCCCGCGAGCCGACAACCGGACGGCACAAAGGCUACGGCUUCAUCGAGUACGACAAGGCGCAGUCCUCUCAGGACGCCGUCGCAUCCAUGAACCUGUUUGACCUGGGGGGUCAGUACCUGCGGGUGGGGAAGGCCGUGACUCCGCCCGUACCCCUCCUCACGCCGCCGACCCCCGGAGGUCUCCCCGCCGCCGCCGCUGUGGCUGCCGCUGCUGCCACCGCCAAGAUCACUGCCCAGGAGGCGGUGGGAGCGUCGGUGCUCGGAGCUCUGGCCGGACCGGCGCUCCUCUCUCAGCAGCUGGGAGGACUUCCUCAGGCCGUCAUGGCGGCUCAGGCUCCAGGUGUCAUCACAGGUGUGACCCCGGUCCGCCCCGGCCUGCCUCAGGUGGGCUUGGUGAACCCGGUGCUGGCCACGGCCCCGGCGUCCGCGGCCUCGUUCAGCUCUGAACUGAAGAGGAAAGAGGAGGAGGAGCGUCAGCAGGAGGCGCAGCAGGACGGAGCCACGGAGCCGCUCAGCGAGCAGGAGCACAUGAGCAUCAGCGGCAGCAGCGCCAGGCACAUGGUGAUGAGGAAGCUGCUCCGCAAGCAGGAGUCCACCGUGAUGGUCCUGAGGAACAUGGUCGGUCCUGACGACAUCGAUGACGACCUGGAGGGCGAGGUCACCGAGGAGUGCGGGAAGUUCGGCCGGGUGAAGCGCGUGGUCAUCUACCAGGAGCGUCAGGGCGAGGAGGACGACGCCGACGUCAUCGUUAAGAUCUUCGUGGAGUUUUCGGAGGCGGCCGAGAUGAACCGGGCCAUCCAGGCGCUCAACCACCGCUGGUUUGGAGGACGCAAGGUGGUCGCAGAGGUGUACGACCAGGAGCGCUUCGACAGCAGCGACCUGACGGCGUAGAACACACACGCUCCUCUUUCUAUUUUUUUAUCGCUGUUUGUCUCCAGAGAAACUUUUCUGUGCUGCGUUCAAAGGACCCGACCGCUGUUUGUCACGUUUUAACAACACGUCGCUCCUGCUGACCGUUUCCCAGAUCAGCGCCGUUUAUAACAGGCUGGACGCCGCUGGGGCGAAGGCUUCAGGGACCCUGGGACAUCUGAGUCCUGUGAAACGCUCAGCAGGAGUGAAACAUGAACGUGACUGCAGUGCAGAUGUUCCCAGCAGAAACAUCCGGUGUACGUCCUCUGACUGAUGUUCCUGAACGCACCACACCAUCACCUGUCAUUGUAGUGUGGAUCCACAGAGAAAUAAACACCUGGAUGAAGGUGUGUUCAGGUGUCAGACGCAGAAAUGUGUGAAUAAAACUCUUUCUUUGUUUUUUUACA